GCUGAGGGCAAGCAAAUGCGGGGAGCGCGUGGCAACAGUGAGAGUUCGAGGCUUCGGCACACGGGGGUUCCCCCCAAGGGAAGGAGCUGGCGAGCCUCUCGCAGGCAGAGUGGGAAGCCGAGCUGCGGAGGAACUUUGGGCAACCUGACCUGUUUUCAUAUUAAUAUCUGCCAGAGCUUCCUCUUCGUCCUCCGUCCUCUUCGUCCAGUUCUUCUUCCAGCGGCGCGCAUUGUCUCUUUUCAUUUUUAAUAUCUCCUUUCUGCCUCUGUACUCUGUACCAUAGCAUUGAUAUCUCUGAUAUCAAGCUCUGCAGCCGUCAUAUAGAGCUGCAGCGUAGACUGUGCUAUUGACUGGCCAGCUAGCGAAGUGAUCCAUCUGGAACCUUAGCUUUCUAAACCUAGGUCUUCCUUCUACCCUUCUCAUCCUUACAAUGGCCUCCAUUUCUCGAUCAGUCGCAGGCUUGAGAGCUCUUCCACGGCUUCAAUCGGUACGGUCAUUUGCAACCACGCGGCACCUGCGAGCCAGUGCGGCGGCAGACAAGCCAUUCUUCCCAAACGAGCCUGCUGGACCAACUAUGAAAACCUCCAUCCCAGGCCCUAAGAAUCAACAGGUAGUUGCGGAGCUGUCUGAGGUCUUCGAUACUAGAAGCAUUAAUAUGCUGGCAAAUUAUGACGUCAGCGCCGGAAACUAUAUUGCUGAUCUUGACGGAAAUAUGCUGUUGGAUGUAUAUUCCCAAAUCGCCUCAAUUGCCGUUGGUUACAAUAAUCCUGCUUUGAUUGCCGCUGCGAAGUCACAACAGAUGGUUAGCUCCUUGGUCAAUCGUCCUGCGCUAGGAAACUUCCCAUCUCACGAUUGGGCAUCUAUUCUCAAAUCCGGCAUCCUCACCGUCGCACCAAAAGGCCUCGACCAGGUGUUCACCGCCACCGCUGGGUCAGAUGCAAACGAAACCGCGUACAAGGCUGCCUUUAUGUACCACCAGCAGUUUGUACGUGGUGGCCCUGAGGUUGAAUUCACCGAGGCAGAGAUCGAGUCCGCUAUGUUGAACAAGGCUCCUGGUUCCCCGCCCCUGUCUAUUAUGUCCUUCAAAACUGGUUUCCAUGGCCGUCUCUUUGGUACCCUUUCCACCACGAGAAGCAAGCCGAUCCACAAACUGGAUAUUCCUGCAUUCGACUGGCCUCAAGCUCCAUUCCCGCUUCUGAAAUACCCUCUAGAGGAAUUUGCUGCAGAAAAUGCCGCGGAAGAGAAACGAUGCUUGGAGGAAGCUGAGCGUAUCAUCAAGGAAUACCAUAACCCAGUUGCUGCUAUUGUGGUCGAGCCUAUUCAAUCCGAAGGUGGAGACAACCAUGCAUCCCCAGCAUUCUUCCAGGGCCUGCGCGAAAUAACCAAGCGACACGACGUCCUCAUGAUCGUUGACGAGGUGCAAACCGGCGUUGGAGCCACCGGAAAAUUCUGGGCCCAUGACCACUGGAACCUCCAAACUCCACCGGAUAUCGUCACUUUCUCCAAGAAGGCACAGGCAGCUGGUUACUUCUAUGGAAACCCCCUCCUUCGCCCCAACAAGCCAUACCGUCAAUUCAACACGUGGAUGGGUGACCCAGCUCGUGCGCUUAUCUUCCGCGCAAUCAUCCAGGAGAUCGAGCGCUUGGAUUUGGUCAACCACACUGCUGCCACGGGUGGCUAUUUGUAUGCCGGCCUCGAGCGCCUAGCGAAGCAAUACCCCAACGAGUUCCAGAAUUUGAGAGGAAAGGGCCAGGGCACUUUUGUUGCCUGGGAUAGCCCACGGCGUGACGCUGUCCUGGCGAAGGGGAAGAGCGUUGGGAUCAACAUUGGCGGAUGUGGUGAGCGGGCUGUGCGACUUCGCCCAAUGUUGAUCUUCCAGAAGCAUCAUGCUGAUAUCCUUCUCGAGUCGCUGGAGAAGAUCGUGAAGUCUUGAAGUAAUUAGUGUAGGAUUUCAUUUUUAUUUCUUGGUUUAGUACAACGGUAAUUUUCUUGGACAUGGUUACCUCAUUUUAGUUUUUAGACGCAUUGGGCCUUGGAUGUUGUUUUCCCCUAUUGGCGAUUAAUUUUAUCUUUCCUUUUUCCCUUCCGCGUUUGUUCUGUGUGUCUGGUUGUUAGAUAUCUCAACGCCGCACCAGGAGGCCUUAUUGGAUGCCUUAAUUUUAAUUUUGUUUAUUUGAUGAUUUCUGAAACCUAUAAUUAAUUUUCUGGAGUUAAACGUGUGGUCCAAAUAUUGUGUUCUGUGACACCAAAUCCAGUCAUGUCGAAUCCGCGGUAAGAAUCGAAAUUCGGGAGAUGCUGUAUUCGUUUCAAAAAGUUCGCCCGUCAUACUCAAAACUAAACCAACGCCGUCUAUUAAAGAAACAAAAAAGAAAACAAUCAAGGUAUAUCUUCCAAGGGCCGUAAACUCCAGUCUGAAGAAGACCACCACUUUUUAAAUAAAUUCCGUCCUACCGUAUCAAAAUAUCCAGACUCCCUCGACGAGAAAGCAAAAAGAGAACAAAAAGGUUCCAUCAACCCUCCUCAUCAACAGAGCUUCCGUCUCUCCUAUAUGUGACAGAAAGAGUUAAUUAGCACACCCGAGAAAGGGAAAAACGCGCAGGCCG